AUGGAAGGGGCCGUGAAAGCCAUUGGCGUGAUCAAAGAGGACACAGUGGACGUUCAUCACCUGGAAUCCAUCAUGCGCAACAUGGGGAUUCAUUUAACCCCGGAGGAGAUUCAGAAGGCGCUGAAGCAUGUUAUCUAUGAGGAAGAUGGGAAGGUGAAUUUGAAAGAUUUCAUGAUGGGUUUGACCAAGACCCGGCGAUUUUCCCAAGCUGAAAAGGACAGAGUUGAUGUCCGGAACCUGGACUCCAUUCUGGACAACAUGGGGAUCUACCUGACGAACGAGGAGCUGCAGGAGGCCCUGAAGAACGUUACAGUUGAUGUGGAUGGGAAGGUGUAUCUGAGCAAAUUUCUGCAGGGCGUGAGAGCCCUCCGGAGAUUCUCCCACAGUGAAGGGGGAAAGGUUGAUAUCCAAGACCUGGACUCUCUUCUGGCUGAAAUGGGGAUGCACUUAACACAGGAGGAGCUCCAAGAAGUACUGAAGCAUGCCAUUGUGGAUGGAGACGGGAAGGUAAAUGUGAGUGACUUUACGAAGAGUGUGAUCAGCACACGGAGGGCUUCCCAAGCUGAGAGUGAGUCAAGACCUAGUGAUAAAGUUGGAUGAAAUGUUGUAGACCUAUGCCUGAUUCUCAUUUCUGACUCAACAGAGGCCCUGCCUAUGAGCCACAGUUCAAUAGUACAUUUGUAACCCAGGCUCACUUGGGCUGUGUCCAGAGGUUUAGGAUCUGCUACUGCCUGGUA